UCUCUCUCGUCUGCGAGACCAUGCCGAGACAAGCAAAGGUGCGUAGGGUCAAUCCAAUAUAAAUCAGAAGUGAAUCUCAUAAGGCAAAGGCGGAGAACGUAUAUACAUAAGUGCGUGUGUAAGAGAGAAGAGAGAAAGAGAUGAAUAGAACAUUUUCUGGGACCGUUCGCGAUGUACAUAGACCAUAUUGCGAGUAUAAACUGUCCUCGUAUUUAUGAGCUCGUGUUCCCAAAUGUGUUAUCGAGUGAGAUCUUGAAAAAGAUGCUCAAGUGGACCGUCUCGAGAUCGUUGUCAGCGAGUAGCUCGACGCCCCACGCUCCAGCAUCCGCUUUGAACAAGGCGUCCCGCAGGCCUUUUCGAGAUCUGUCCAACACACCACCGGCCGUCGGUACCCAAAGCAGACACGUACAUACGUCGAACCUACAAAAUAUUACAACGAAACCUACGCCAGUUCGUCGUAGACGGUGUCGUAGUUAUGGCAGCGAUUUGAGAACCUACUUUCAAGCAACGAAAACCAAUGUAAGGAUUGGAAAACGACCAUCGCUUUCUCAACGAUUUGAAGGGUCACCCAAGUUGGAGAAUUUUUAUCAAGGUACUCCGCGAGUGGAUACAGACAUAGGACCAUUGACGUUCUUCCCAAAUGAGUGUAAGCGUUCAACGGCUUUAACUUUACCAACGGAUCCAACUUUAUUUUUGAAGAGUCGAUCGAAAAAUUUUCAAAGCAACAAUGAGUUACCGCAAAAUAUGUUUAACGAGGCGCGUGCCAAUUUGCAGUCGCACGUUUCGGAUUUUUUUCAUCAGAUUUCUAUGGCCACCAGUCCCGAAGACGUGAUGGAGGCCGAGUUCGUGCCGUUAGAUAAGUCUCGAAUGUAUCCCGAAAAGAAUGAUUUCAGAUUAAAAUUGGAGGAAUCUAAGAAGGCACAGUUCCAAUCUAAAUUGGCGAAGGUUACCAAGAUUCACGCGCGAAGUAGAACUCCGUAUUACAAGAAGGUUGUUCAAGCUGUUAGUCCUUUGAAGCAAUGUCUUCAACAACAAACUCCUCUUGCCGGGAAAUUAUCGAAUCUGGCUCUAGAUCAAGAUUUACUUAAAUUUGAAAAUAUGGAUAAUACGGUUACGGAAGUUCUCAACAGAGAAAACGAAACAAAUUUUGGUGGCAAAACAGUCGCGGAGAUUCUUUUGAGUGACAUUGAAGAGAGGAAAAAGAUACUCAAAAGUCGUUGUACAGUUACUAUAGAGGAAGACGAAACCUUCUCUUUCGAGGAGGAUCAUACUUAUGAGACGAUCAUUCAAUGCGAUACGAAAAUGAUGGAUGAGGACGAAGCUGCUAUUUCGCAAAUAGGGAUACAGAGCGAUAGUUCCGUGUCUUCGGCUAGUCAGCUUUUAGAGGAUCCUUCGCCGAUGUCUUGGCCCUUUACGUCGCCGAUCACCAAUGAAUUCGACGGUGAAUUCACUUUGAAAAGACAGCGCGGUAUACGUAGAAAACGUCAGCAACAGAGAAAAGAGAAGAGUGUUUUCGAGGGUAAGAAACCGAAAAGAAUGAUCAGGAUAACUUCUGGCGGGAGUCCUAGAUCAAAUCAACUAUCAAAAAUGGAAAACAGGGAUAAUCCUACGAUAGAGGCGAUCAAUCCUAAUGUAAAGAAACUCGUCCUUGAGACAGACUUAGAUUCUACUUUGGAGGAUAAACAAAUCCAAAAUCAACAGUUUUCGAGUAAAUCGACCUUCUUUUUCAAGAAUAAUUGUAAGAAAGAGGAGCAUUCGGAGAAUAAUGGAAAAAGCACUAUAUGGGAGUUGGAAAGUCCUAAAUCGUUUUUGACAGAGGGCUAUCAUAAUUCGAUCUUAAACUCAAUUUCUAAUACUCCAGAAGCUCCGUUGGUUGCGACCGUUCGAAGAUGUUUGAAAUAUAGUCCGGAGAGCGAACCAUCGAAAUCGGAUUCGGAUCGUCGCGGAUCUAUCGAAAUCGAGUAUUCGUUUGUUGCCAAUCAUAUACAAGUUCGAGUGAUAAGGUGCAAGGACCUACGGAGGACCUACGAGGGACCUAUUCACGCCUACGUUAAGGUCAGCCUAAAAAAUAUCAACGGUGAGGGAAUCGUUAAGAGAACUGCGGUUCACAAAGCCACACCAAAUCCCGCUUUUCACGAGACCUUAAUAUUGCCCUGCCCGGUUAAUAUCAAUCAGUGCAUCAGCAAAUCUACGUCCCUGGAUAUCGCGGUCUGGCAUAGAGAUCGUCGAGCAAGACGUAGCGAGCUGCUGGGCUGUAUGACUUUACCUCUACCUUUGUCUCAGGAUAAGGUAACGGAAGCAACAUGGCACCCACUCGAAUCUGGAUCCAGCCGAAAUACAAGUACCCCUUAUGCAAGAGUACCACAAGAAUGUGGAGUCUCGCCGCCUUUAUCCAAGGAUGGAGAAUCAGAUAACAACAAUUCCGGUGGGGAUGAUUUGACGUAUUUAAAACAUCUUGAGUUGGAACCAGUCGAUCCUCUGACCGGCUUACCUCUACAUCCAGGCUUUACCGCGAGAGGUGGUAGAACGCCUUGUACUGUAACCAGAAGACUGAUUAGACAAAGUGCUGUGAAUCAGGUGCCAUGGGGUUUCUCUUUAUCCUGGGGCAGACCGCCACGUGUGGAACGCGUCGAUUCAGGAAGUCCUGCGGAAAGAUCUGGUUUGAAACCAGGCGAUUACGUCGUCUUCGUCGAAACAACGAACGUUGUAACGAAACCGAGGGACGAGAUUUUGGGCUUGAUCCAGGCGGCAACGAAUCAGCUCAUCCUUGAGGUUUAUCGUAAGGGAGGCAUUCAUUCGUCACAGCAGAGGCCCAACUCGAUGAAUGUCUCUCUUCAACAAACUGUCGGUCCCGCUAGUCAGCACGCCGUCGCGUUCAACGCCGAGGUUUUUCCGAAUCUUGCUCCGGAUGCACCACCGGAGGAAGAGUUAUCGGUACGAGAGGCAAGAUACCAGGGGAUUCUGAAGAGCGGUCACACAAGAUUCAUGACGCCGCUGGCCGAAAGGCGUGACGUUCUCUCCGCGGCGGACUACAUGGUCCUCUUUCAAAAUCUAGACGAAUUACUUAAGAUAUCCGAGGAGAUUAGAGACGAGGGUGGCGGUACCGAUAGCUAUCUCUGCAGAGUACCCAAGAUCACGGCCGCUUACAGACGAUACCUCAGUGGACUGCAAUGGGCCUGUUAUUUGCUCGUUGCACUCAGACGGAAUACGGCCUUUGCUAAGUUGGUCUGUGAACCUGCCGUUCCUCAUAAAAGGCGGCCUGACCUUACGGGAAUCCUCUUGCUUCCUUUAGAGCAUUAUAGAGAAAUGACGAGAUUACUGAGUCUGGCAUCGCCAAGAAACUGUCAGCAAGCUCGAGAUUUGGCACAAGGUUACAGAGAAUCAACGGCUAAUGCAGGCGUAAUGGAACCACCGCGAGAUACCGGAAGACCUUUACUUAGUUUACAGGAAGUCGAGUCGCGAUUGGUUUUCGCAAAAUGCAAACCGUUUACUUUAGCCAUGCCAGGAAGGCAAUGGCUUUUCGGCGGGGCCCUAGCAAAGGUCGAAGGUCGGGCUCGUUUGCAACCAUCAUGGGCGCUCCUUCUUACCGACUUAUUGGUAUUUGCUCGCGUUUCGAGGGAUCGCGUUCUUUUCGUUACUGAAGAACCUCUGCGAUUGGCCAAUAUUGCAGAAGCGUGUUUUACCAUUAGAAAGAGGCCGACAGAAUUCAGAUUACAGGUGGCAAUCAAUUCGAAUGGUAAUACUGAGAACGGUCAGGCAGAAAUGACAAACAGCGGAGGUUGUAGUCCCCAUAGUCGUCCUCGAAGACGAGUCAUCGUAUUAAGAGCUCCCAGCCCGGAGCUCAAAGCAGUUUGGCACAACUUGCUUCAACGACAAAUAAUUUAUCUAAAUACAGGCUAUGGUGGAACAUCAAGUGUUGGCAGCCCCGAGGAGAGUCCGAUUACGAGCACCAACUUUGCUCACGUUAGAGAAUCGAUGGAAAGUCCGCGGAUGGGAUUACGGGACUCGCAUAAGCACGAGGAAAAAAAGGAAUGUCAUUCAAGUGAAAGUCUUGCCGAUAUUUUGAAAAAUACGCGAGAGGACAAUCAUUUGGCCCAAUGGGUGCGCAAUUCUCACCAAAUACCGCCUUCCGAUAACGAAGGUUCCCUCGAGGAAUGGACUGCCGAAGAAUUAGCUGCAAGAGCACCCGGAGAGAAGAACGAAAGAUCCAUUCAGGAAGCUAUGACGACGACAACGACGACGACGACAACGGCAGAAGAAGUCGUAACUGCAAAUUCGGACAUAGAGCAACAGAGCACAGCCUCCAGUGCCAGUUUAAGUACAGUCAAAUCCAAUAGUAUUACGGCAAGAAAAAAUGGGAGCUACGUAUCCUCGAAAGAAAACUCUACGAGUUCUAUCAACAUCUGUAGACGAUGUCAUAGAUCUGGCUGCCCCACACCGCCUCUUCCAAGAGACCCUUUCUCUCCGUUACCUCCUAAAAUAUCUGUCAUGCCACCUACGCCAGAUAUUUAUACGGCGAGACAUAGAUUAAGAAAUGGCCUACAUGAUAGUCCAGGACGUAACAGUCCAAAUUAUGCAUCUGUCGACGGUAAUACGGAAGAUGGAAGCGAAGAUGAUCUCGACUGCGACGGAGAACCACCUUACAGAACGUUGAGAAGAUUUGGUACGAUGAGUAGUUUGGACCAAGACGACGAGCUGGACGAGCAAGGAGAUGAUGAAAAUCGUGAGACAGAAUCACCACCUUCGGGUCUGAGAGCUUGGACCGCAAGAGCUAGUAAUUAUGUCGUUAGCAAGAUGGUUCUUUUGGAGCAAUUUAGCGAAGGGGUUGGCGAUUACCUUCUUCAACCGCCUGUUCCUCCAGAAAGGACAGAAUUUUCUCUCGAUCCUAACGACGAGGAGGGUACUACGUCGGGUGCAACUUCGGGAGAUGAUAUUUGGGGUACUCCAACCUCCGGAGGUCCAGACGACGAGAGUUUUACAACACAUUCGCCGCCGCCAAAUGGGACCGGCAAUUUGACUGGUUCCGGAGAAGACAAUUAUGGUCUGAAUUUAUCUACGGAGGAAGAUCACGAUCAAGAAUCGGAUAACGAGGAUUGCGGUUUGCCCGAGCUAAGCAUGGAUCAAUUACUUGGCGGAGGUAGCCUUGGCUCGCUACGUUGCUUCUUAAGCAGAAGAAGACUGGAGCCUUUACUCGAAGAGGAGGAUUCUCCUGGAAGUGGAAAACAUCAAGUUGGAUGGUGGUGACAGAGGUUGCAAUCGACUACGUUGAAAAACGUCAGCUCGAGUUCCGAUGUAAUCGAGAGAGAUCGUAUUUUUGCAAAGCUGAGCCAAGAAGACGAAGAGUUUCGUCGUAAAAUUGUAGAUCUUCACAGAAAACUGUCCGACGUAGAUGAAGCCUCAAAACUCGAAUUAACAUCGCCGGACUCAUCGAAGAAUAUCAAGGAGGCAGAUCGUUUGAAAGAAUUGGAAUUGGUCGCGAGAAGAGCCGAGGAAUCUAAUAACAGAAAUGCAGAAAAAAUAAGUUUUGAGAUAUUGCAAAAGGAAGCUUAUGCCGCGAUUGCGACCGACGGACGUAGGCACAGGAAGUUGGAUGCGCAGCACGAUCAUAGAAAACAAUUAGAAUUUAUGAUAAGAAAAUCAAACAACAAGCUCGGAGAGGAAUCCUAUAGUCAGAAUAACGGUCGUAAUCCCAUCGAGACGUCGGAAACUAAUUUUUUAAAUCGUUUGAGAAUAAAACGGCGUAGUUUGAAAUUACUGAGCUUCCUUAGCGGCAAAGCGUAUGAUCGGUCGCAAGAAGAACGAGCAGCAAGAUUGUUAAAGAUGUAUAUGCCUGAGAAAACUACAAAUGCGCAUAAUACAAUCUGCAUUCACCAUACGUCCAGAGAUAGACGAUUUUGGAAGCUUCGGAGUCGUAGGCGAUCGAGUUCGACUUAAAUUUUAAAUAAGAUAACGAGAGAUUAUUGUCUCUCUCUUUAUCUCUCUUCUCCCCCUUUCUUUCUCCAUUACUAGGACUUCCAAAAUGAUCAUGUUGUUAGAAUUUUUUCAAAUCUACUUACUUACUAUACCAGGAGUUGUUUUCUCAUAGAGAUUAGUCUACAAAUAGGAUAUCGAGUUGACGAUUUCAUUAUAGAUGUUAGCAUUUCAGAUAAAAUGAUAAAUUCCAAAAGCUACUUGCGCACAAUUAACAAUCAGACGAUAUUCGAAUUGCAGAAAAGGUCUCGUGUUCUGGCAUUAUCAGUACGCUUAGUACGCUUAUUAUGCGCGCAAGUACAUAAAAGUUUUCCAAAAGAUGCGAUUACGGCCUAGCAAAUUACUUUUAUUCUCUUUCGAUGUAAGGUACCACUAAUUGAGUCUUAAUCGACAUAUUUUCAAUAGAUUUUCGAUAGACUUAGAUUUUCUUAAUAUCAUUUUUGUUUCUUCUUCCUUUUCUAUAAUUAGUUUUAACGUAUGUAAUAUCACAGUAUAGGACCGCACGACUGAUCUAAAGCGGCACGCAUCCUUUAUUUCUAUAGGGUCCUAAUGUACCAUUUACAGAACUGGAAAUUUGACGAGAUUUUAACUUUAUGGUUAGUAGGAUAUAAAUUGUAAGUUAUAACGUAUGAUACAUGAAUAAAUGAUAUAUUAUUUGUUCA